AUAAAAAACACAAACAAAAACUUAUAUUCAAACCUCUAGUUAAUUAUAAUCAACAAAUAUGAGUUUUCUUUAUGUCAUUUUCAAAAUAAACUUUUUUACUGUUAUGGUAUUAGCGUUGCCGCCUAUUUAUAGCGAACAAUACGCGAAAGUUCGCUACCAACCUGGAGACAAUAGGGAUAAAGCCGAAUUGAAUUUGGAACAACGGGAUAGAGAGGAAGUGACGGAGAAAUUACAAUCACAUUCAAGUAGCGACAAGUUUGCUGCUGUUGAAACUUUUGAGGUAGCCACAGAGCCAGAAUCAGAACAAAUUAAUAUAGCAAGAUUUAUUCAUACAAAUAUACCUAGAGAUAAAAUUGUUGAAGAAAGACUAGAAGAAACGACUACGGAAAUCGAGUUGGUGGAAGAAUUUUUACCCACUCAAAUUAAUAUUGAAAGUGCUAGUAAAAAAAGUAAUGACGAAGAUAAAGUAAUUAGUGAAUAUUCACAGAGAUCAGAAAUAGAAGAUUUAAAUCACCAAGGGCCUUACUACAUAUAUCAUCCAAACAAAUUUUUCCAGAAAACCGUUUUUAAUAUGGAAGAGUAUUUGCAUCAAUUAAAGUUAACACCCGAAUUAAAUUUUGUUCCGAUAUACGAAUCUGUGUUUACUUACGAUCCAAAUACGUUUGUAUUCCAAAGAUUACAUAUUAGGUGAGAGUGGUAAAAAUUAGGAUUAGCAUCAUAUAAAAAUGACUGAAAAAUAAUUUAUAUUAAUUUAUUUUAUUUAAAGUUGCCCUGUACUAGUUAUAUUAUCAGGUUCAUAGAUACAAAAGUCACCAUAUGGGUUUAAGCUAGUUUGACAAUGAGUAAGUUUAACUAACAAAUGGCGGACAGAAAAAAAAUUGUAAUAAACAAUUAUUAUAUUAAUACUUGCUACCAAUAAAUAUCAAAAGUAUUAAUUUAUAAUAUUCCAUUGACCGUUGCUACAAAUCAAUAUAAACUUUGAAUCCCUAAUAAAUAAUAUCUAAAACUAUUAUGCCGAAAUAUAUCUUUCCUAAACAGUGAUUUUUGCAUCUAAAGGGUUCAAAUUAAUAAUUUAAACAUCAUAUCUAGACUAGAAUUAUGUUCGACAUAUUAUAUGUAAUGUGUAAUGUGUAUAUAUAAUUAUGUUCAUUACUUAUGAUAAGAUAUAAAUAAGGAGCAGACUUACUAAAAUGCAUUUUGUCCAUUUUUUAAGAUUUUCAAUUAAAGGUGGCGUUGCAAACUACAUACACAGAUUUAAAAUAUUAUGUCAGAAACGACGUUCUAAAUUCAUUUUAUCCCGUUCUAAUUAAAUGGCGAAAAUACCUUAGGCUUUCUAUGUGCUGUAUGUCCAUUGGCGGUAGACAAACA